AUGUUUAUAAAUGUUCUUCUACUCGUCCAUAAUGCUGUUUUAGCUACCGAAGACUAUGGAUAUGAAAAGCUAUUGGAUGAGCAGAGAAUUAUACGAAACUUGUUAGAGAAGUCAGAUUAUGAUUGGCGAGUACGACCACGAGGAACACUUGAUCGAAAUCUGCAAGAGAUGGAACAGCCUGUGCAGAUUGUAGCCAAUAUGUAUCUAAGAAGUAUUUCGAAGGUGGAUGAUGUCAAUAUGGAAUAUUCUCUUCAUUUCACAUUUCGUGAAGAAUGGAUUGAUGAGCGCUUAUACUUCAACAGUCCUACACUGAAACAUAUCGUAUUAUCACCCGGACAGAAGAUAUGGGUUCCAGACACCUUCUUUCAGAAUGAGAAGGAUGGAAAGAAACAUGAUAUUGAUACUCCGAAUAUUCUUAUUCGAGUGCAUAAUGGAACUGCUCGCAUAUUAUAUUCUUGUCGUUUGACUUUAACAUUAAGUUGUCCAAUGAGAUUAGCAGAUUAUCCGUUAGAUGUACAGACGUGUGUCGUCGAUUUCGCUUCAUAUGCUUACACAACGCAAGACAUUGAAUAUGGAUGGAAGAGUGAAAAUCCAAUUCAAAUUAAAGAUGGAUUACGUCAAUCUUUGCCAUCUUUUCUUCUUAAUAGUGUGAGGACAGGUAAUUGCACGUCAGUCACGAACACCGGAGCAUAUUCAUGUCUUCGAACAAUUUUGGAAUUAAAAAGAGAAUUUAGUUAUUAUUUAUUACAAUUGUACAUUCCUUCAUUCAUGUUAGUAGCUGUAUCUUGGGUCAGCUUCUGGCUUGAUAAAGACAGCGUGCCUGCUAGAGUUACGCUUGGAGUCACUACUCUUCUGACAAUGACAACACAGGCUUCCGGUGUGAAUGCCAACUUGCCUCCUGUUAGCUAUACCAAAGCUAUUGAUAUAUGGAUUGGAGUUUGUCUAGCUUUUAUCUUUGGUGCUUUGCUAGAGUUCGCACUAGUGAAUUGGGCUGCUCGACAGGACAUUGUCCGACAAGGCUAUCGAAAUAGAAGACAGGCAAAUAACAUAUUUUUUAGGCCAACAGCACAAGAUCCUUUCUAUUCUGCUGUUCCUCCAGAGAUUUUGGUGGCAGAUCAGACAGCUACAUCUCGUUCGUGUUGGCAAAAGCUGUGGAUAUCACGAGAUAUGGAACAUUCUAGACGUAUCGACUUGAUUUCUCGAAUAAUGUUUCCUGUAUUCUUUGUCAUAUUCAACAUAACGUAUUGGUGGAGAUAUCUGUUACCGUAUAUGGCUGUACAAGCACAAUCAUGA